AUGCAGUGGCUGAUUAACUUUUUGAAGUCGCUCUACUCCUUGGAAACCCUUGAUACGCGCUUUGCAAGAUCGACUACAGCGUCUCAGAGCUCUGCAAGUGACCCUUUCAGAAUUUCUGCUCCAAAGCUAGACAAGCGUUCACCCUUACCCGGCACGAAUCCAUCUAAAUGGUGGACAAUCGAGUACUGUAUCUAUUAUCUUGUCUUCGUCAUCGUUGUUCCGACGAUGGUGAAGCAGGUCUAUGACAUAUCGAAGCCGGGAAGUCCUGACUGGGACUCUUUCUCGAAGAUAUUGUCUCCGGGCUGGAUCCCUGGUCGCCAGAUUGACAAUUCUGACGAACAGUACGCUAAUUUUCGGGACAACCUCCCUUACCUGAUAACCCUUCUUAUACUGCAUCCAUUGUUUCGCAAGCUGUAUGGCAUAUUCUGGCGAAUUGACAAUUACAAGUUUCUGGAUGGCAGCAACACUAGUCUUUGCCAUGACCCAUCCCCGUUGGCCGUUGCAGAUGCCAGACUGCAACAUCGGACCUCUUUUGAUUUUGGCUUCGGGAUUAUCUUUCUCAUGGUGCUGCAUGGCGUUUCGGCAGCAAAAGUUUUUCUGAUCUUCUAUACCAACUUCAAGAUUGCGACACGGCUUUCCAGAAGCCACGUGCCUGUCGCCACCUGGGUCUUCAAUUUUGGUAUUCUGUUCGCGAACGACUUUUGCCGCGGAUACCCCUUCGCCAUGAUCGCUCGGGUUUUAUUGCCGGAUGUGAAGGCUGCGCAAGAUAUUGGUGCAAAAAUCGACAGCUACAGUGGUCUCAUCCCUCGGUGGGAGGUGCUCUUUAAAAUCUCAAUAUUACGCCUGAUCUCAUUCAAUUUGGACUACUAUUGGGCUCAAGCAGAGGGUAGCUCGAAUUUAAUCGAGAAUAAGCAUGAAGCCGCUUUGAUCCAUAGCGAACGCGAUCGAGUCUCAUAUGGCGCCGCUUUACGGGACUUUAACCUCAAAACUUACUUUGCCUAUACGCUAUACUCACCUCUUUACCUUGCUGGUCCGAUUUUGAGUUUCAACGACUUCGUCUUUCAAUCACGAAGUUGUCUGCCGACCACAACCACGGUCAGGACCUCUCUCUACGGCCUGCGCUUCCUCAUCGCCCUCCUUUUGGCGAUAAUCAAGAGUUCGCCUUCAUGGACACAGUAUACUCCCUACCAGCUCGCCAUGCUUGGAUAUUUCAACCUGCACGCCGUCUGGCUGAAGCUGCUUAUCCCUUGGCGUUUCUUCCGACUGUGGACCUUGGUCGAUGGACUUGACGUGCCAGAAAACAUGGUCAGAUGUAUGUCUGACAAUUAUUCGACACUAGCAUUUUGGCGUGGCUGGCAUCGAAGCCUGAAUAGGUGGAUUGUCCGGUAUAUCUACAUUCCUCUUGGCGGUAACGGAGAUAGCAAGGUCAGAACCAUGGUGAAUUUCCUGGCAGUAUUCACCUUCAUCGCCCUUUGGCACGACAUCAACCUGCGUCUGCUAGCGUGGGGUUGGCUAACCACUUUGUUCAUCUUGCCUGAGGUGAUCGCUAUAAUUAUCUUCCCAAGACGCAAGUGGAAGGACUGGCCAAAGACGUUCAGGGUCCUUUGUGGCAUCGGGGCAGUGGGCAACAUCCUUAUGAUGAUGGUCGCAAGCCUCGUAGGUUUCGUAAUGGGUGUCGAUGAUGUCAAAGAGAUGGUCAAAGGCAUCUUCGCAGGCUGGUCUAAUGCCGGCUUCGUCACGGCGGCUGUGAUGUGCCUUUUUAUAAGCGCGCAGAUUAUGUUUGAACACAGGGAAGGGGAGAAGAGGCAGGGGAUCAAUCUGAAAUGCUAA